UUGGACGCGAUUUGAGUGCGAGCUUUUGUUUUGUAUACAUCUUGUAGCCGGCAUUUUACGCGCGUUCUGUAUUUACAUUACAACGCGCCGGGCUCUCAAGGCCGCCCGAAAAAAAGUGGAAGCCCCUUCCCCCUGUCCUCAAUAAGAAUAACAAGAGUUAUCGCUAGGCGCAUCGGGAAAUAUGUCAGGGCGCAGAAGUCAGACACAGAUGGCGCCACCGCCGCCGCCGCCCAAGCCGAGCAAGUCUCAGCCAAACGGCAAUGGCGCCCUGCCGAAUGGCACCGCCAACAACAACAACAACAAUUAUAACAACAGUUACAACAGCAAUAAAAGUGUCGCAGUGGCAACGGCAGCGGCAGGUGACUGGAGCCAGCGGCAGAGCCUAGACCAAAAUCGGAGCACGACUCCGCAGAACAGCAACGCCGCCCGCAGGAGUCAGACGCCGCCGCGCACAGAGCAGGUCGUAAUGACGCCACGUGGCAAAACGGCCAACAGCACCGUUAUACUCAUCGAGAGGAAGCUCGUCGAUGAGAUCAACGAUCGUGUCCAUGUCGCUGGCGGGGAUCAUACGGGCAUCAUCAUUAACAAGGACACCGUUGCCGGCCAGAAGAGCGCCAGCAAAGCGGCCGCCCUCUCGCUGGAGUUUCGGGUAUUCCUUGUCAGCGCCAAUACGGGCAAACAUUCGCAGGAGUCGCGCACGCUGAGAUUCUGGUUUCGGGAUUGGCUGACAAACGAUGAGAAACAGGCGCACAUUGCCCAGGACUUUUUCAAGGAGCUUGUCAGUCCGCAGGACUUUCCCAGAGAUUAUGUUGGGUUUAUCAAGAAGAUAAUGAAGCUCUUGCAGCAUGGCUACACCGAGAUACAGUCCAUAGAGAUCGAGCUGCGCAUCUUGGAGGAGACAUCGGCGCCUCCGUCACGUCCACCGCGCGAUGGCUACAUCAUCUACUGCUACGGGGACUGCAAUCGCAAGUUCGAGGAGGCGCUGCUGGCGCAGAAGAAAACAGUUUCCCUGGAGGAAUCACAAUUUGAAUCUCCACCGUUGACACAGGAGAAGGUGCUUGAACUCAUUGAGCAGGCUUAUCCGAAUCCCGUUUCGCCCGAGGAUUUGGCCAAGGACUAUGGCUGGAGCGAACAAGAUGUGCUGUUGGUCAUACAAUCGCUGCAGGAGCGCGGCCUCAUCAAGUCGAUGGAGUACAAUGCCUACACGCGCAUCCAUCACGAGGAUAAGGAGAUUAAGGUGGUCAAGCAGAUGCCGACGAUAGCCUCGAAUAAGCAGCCCACGAUUGCCAUCAUAACGGCGCAGUAUUGUGAGAAGCUGGCCGUGGACGCCAUGUUGGAGAAUAAGGAGACAUUUGUCCGUUAUACCACAGUCGAUUCCGAUCCCAAUCUAACGAACUCACUCAGAAAAUCCAAAAAGAAACGCAGAUUUGGCGAAUCGAAUGUGUAUACUCUGGGCAAUAUUGGAGCACAUCGGAUAGUGAGCACAAAGCUGCCGUCGGUGGGCAGCACGCGGGAGGCGAUGACGGCGACGGGCAAUACGACAACCAGAUUGCUGGGCACAUUCCAAAAGGUUGACUAUGUUUUCAUUGUGGGCGUGGCUGGCGGCGUGCCGCACUACACGGACUACAAGAAGCACGUGCGACUGGGCGACGUGGUCAUCUCGUAUGUGGACAAGCAGCGUGCGCUGAUCAACAGCAAGGAGAAGCCGUAUGUGUAUGUGUACAAAAGCGGCGAAGAUGUUAAGACAUAUUUCCCUGUCAACGAUUCGCUGCAGCAGAUUGCGGAGAGCCUACAGGCGAACAUGGAGCUAAAACGCCCCUGGGAAACAUAUCUGGGCGAUGCACAGCAAACACUCGCCCAAAAGACGGACAGCGACUUUGGAAGGCCGGACGUCAAAACGGAUAAACUAUUUAUGAACAUUGGCAACAAUGAGGUCAUCGAGGUGGCCCAUCCAAUUGCCGCUGAUGAGAUUAACGGCGUGACGCGGCUGCGUCUGCACCUGGGACCCAUCGGCUCUGGCAGAGAUUUGGUGCGAAACGACGAUCUGCGCACCCAGUUUGCCCGUAAAUUUGGACUGCUCGCCACCGAUGUAGAGAUGAGCAGUGUCCUGGAUAGCAUUAUUGGCAACUGCCGGGAGAGCUUCAUUCUGGUCAAGGGCAUCUCGGACUACAAGGAUGGCAUGUCGACGCGCAAAUGGCAGAACUAUGCCUCGCUAUCAGCGGCUGCAGUGGUCAAGUCCGUCAUCUGUGGCAUGGAUGCGCCAACAAAUGUUUAAGGCUCGGCCUACAUCUAGCACUCAAUGCAUUAAGCUAUGAUUUUACACUUUCAAAUCAUUUUUUUUUUUAAUAUUGUUUAAAUUCCUGCAAUGUAUUUAUCAAACGUUUUAUUUUGUUCUCUGUACGUUAUUAACCAAAAUCGGAGCCUAAAUCGGCUAUUAGCUGGCGGCCCCUCAAAGUAGACCAAAAUGUAUGCGUUUUCCUAAUACCUUAUUACAUGUAUAUGUAAAAGUAAUAUGUAUUGAAUAAUUUCUUGUUAUUUAUUUGUUAUGCUUUUGUACUACAUACAUAUACAUAA